UUCACUGGCUCUGAUCUGAAGGCGGCGGAGGGACCCGGCCUCACCCCCCAGCCCCCGAGAGGAGGAGGAGGAGGAGGAAAAGGGGCGGUUUAGUGGCUGUGCCGGCUGUGCCGAAGCGUCUCAGCCUGUGCUGUGUGCGCCAGCCGGGAGAGGAGGGGGUUGUGUGUGGUGCCUCUCCCCUGGGUUGCAUGCAAAGCUAACUGUGUGGCUGUCUCUCUCCGGGCCGGGGAAUUGCACUCUUAAAAUAAACCUGGUACAAUGCACCAGCCUGACUCAGCCGCAGACAUUAGUCCUAGGAAGAUGGCGCACCCGGCAAUGUUUCCUAGAAGGGGCAGCGGUAGCAGCAGCGGCGGCAGCUGCGUUACUGCGCUCAAUGCACCAGGUACCGGCGCUGGUAGCGGUGCCCUCUCCACCGAGGAUUAUCCGCCGCCUCUGCUCAUCCAGCCGCCGCCUCCGUCUCUUGCAGCAUCUUCAUCGGCGGGUCCACAGCCGCCACCCCCUCCUCCACAAAGUCUGAACCUCCUUGCCCAGUCUCAGCUCCAGCCACAGCCUCUUGCACAGGCUGGAGCCCAAAUGAAAAAGAAAAGUGGCUUCCAAAUUACCAGCGUGACCCCUGCUCAGAUCUCUGCCAGUAUGAGCUCUAACAACAGCAUAGCGGAGGACACGGAAAGCUACGACGACCUGGAUGAGUCCCACACUGAAGACCUGUCUUCUUCAGAAAUUUUGGAUGUUUCUUUAUCCAGGGCCACUGACUUGGGUGAACCUGAACGGAGCUCCUCCGAAGAGACUUUAAAUAACUUCCAAGAGGCUGAGACUCCUGGGGCCGUCUCUCCAAACCAGCCUCACCUUCCUCAGCAGCAUCCCCCUUUGCCACAUCACCCACAGCAGAGUGUUGUGAUCAAUGGAAAUGUUCACCCCCAUCAUGGUCACCAUCACCACCACCUUCAUCAUCACCAUCAUGGGCAUCAUCAUCCAUCGCAUCCUGGGGUGGGCAGUACACCAGCUUCUGGAGGACCACCCCCAAGUCCAUCAUUUAGAAAGCUGUCCACAACUGGAAGCUCUGACAAUGUUAUCACAACUGCACCAGUUUCUGCUGCAUCAUCCACUGGUACACCUGCAUCUGUCCUGUCUAAUAUUCGCACUACAAGUACUCCUGGCAAUAUAGGUGUAAGUCCUGUUACUGGAACUAGUACGUUAAGUAAUGUGGGUGGUGGUAGUCCUAGUAUGACAAGCAGCAUGCUUGGUAACGUUAAUAUAAACUUAAGCAACAUCACAAGUACUGCUAAUGUACAUGCUUUGUCUGGAACCAGCAGCAAUGUUAAUGUGAAUAUCUUGAGUGGUGUUGGCAAUGGUACGAGUGCUUCCUCUAAUGUCAUUAAUAAUGUUACUAAUCCAACUGCAGGCAUGGCAGUGGGAUCAAGUCAGCAGCAGCCUGCAGCUGGCACAUCAAGGUUUAGAGUUGUAAAAUUAGAUUCCAGUUCUGAACCUUUUAAAAAGGGUAGAUGGAUAUGCACUGAAUUCUAUGAUAAAGAAAACACUGUAGCAGUUACAGAAGGAGUAGCAGUAAACAAGGCGGUAGAGACUAUAAAACAAAAUCCACUUGAAGUGACUUCUGAAAGGGAGAGCACCAGUGGGAGUUCUGUUAGCAGCAAUGUAAGCACACUGAGUCACUACACAGAAAGUGUGGGAAGCGGGGAAAUGGGAGCACCUACUGUGAUACAACAGCAGACAUUUCAAGGUGUGGGUCCACAGCAGAUGGAUUUUAGUUGUGCUGGACCUCAGACUAUUCCAGCAUCCAAUAUACCGCAGAGUAUUUCUCAAUUACAGCUUGCACAAGUACAAUUGCCUUCUCAAGAAGUAAAUUAUCCACAGCAAAAGCAAGGAGUCCAGUCUUCAGCGCAGGCUAGUCUAACAACUGUUACUGGUGUUCAGCCAACUCCAGUUAAUGUAGUAGGUGUAUCAUCUUUAGGUCACCAACAACCUGCUAUUCCAAGUGUGGCUCAACAGCAGCUACCAUAUUCUCAACCCUCACGGUCUGUGCAAACUUUGCCUGUUGUACCACAGCAGCAGUUACAGUAUGGACAACAACAGACACUUCCCAUGCAGAUGGCCCCUGCACGAGUUAAACCAGUGAAUCAGAGUUCUGUGACAGGGACCAUACCGGACUACAUACAACAUCAGCAGAUACUUCAACCUCCAGUGCCUGCUGUGCAAUCCAGCUCUACAGGAGUAGGAGCAGGAACACCAGUUCCUGUUGCUCAGGCACCAAGCAUCCAACCUUCUGUACAAGUACACCCUGCUGUGGCACCAGCUCAGCCUGUUGCACAUGCUCAGACAGCAAUGCCACCUGUAGGUACUAGUGGUCAAAUUAUUAACGUUGGACAACAAGGAAAUGUACCUGCUGUGGUACAGCAGCCACCUGUUGCAAACCAAAUUACACCUUCAGUUAUGCAGCAAAGUGCUGCUCCUCCAUCUUCACAAGUGGUGCAGCCUGUUCAGACUGGGAUAAUUCAGCAGGGACUACAAGCUGGUGCUUCAAGCCUUCCUCCGCAAAUGGUCAUUGCUUCACAAAAUGCUUUGUUACCUGUACAACCCCAGGCACAAGUAGAAACUGUAGUUCAAGGAAUGACCAGCCAACCAUUGCCUGCAGUUAGCCCUAUACCUUCUACUAGUACCGUUCCUGCUCCAAGUCAAGCUAGUUCAAAUGUACCUCUUGAUAUACCUUCUGCUCCUGUAAGUUUGGGUCCAUCACAGAACAUAGCACAAGCUUCAGCUGUGCAAAAUGGGAAUUUGGUUCAAAGUGUUAGUCAGCCUCCCUUGAUAUCAACUAGUAUAAGUAUGCCAGUGGCACAGAAUGUGCCACCACAGAUACCGUUAAACUCUACCCAGUUCUCUGCACAAUCACUAACUCAGUCAAUUGUAAGCCAAAUUGAAGAUGGCAGGCGCCCUACAGAACCUUCCUUAGUUGGUUUACCGCAAGCUGCCAGUGGUGAAAGUGGUGUUGGAGCAUCAGCUGUUUCAGAUGGGAGUGGCAGCAACAUAACAUCCUCUGCUUCCCUUUUUCCACUGAAGGUACUGCCAUUGACAACACAUCUUGUUGAUGGUGAGGAUGAGAGCUCCUCGGGUGCAAGUGUGGUAGCUAUUGACAACAAAAUCGAGCAAGCGAUGGAUCUGGUGAAGAGCCAUUUGAUGUAUGCUGUGAGGGAGGAAGUGGAGGUCCUCAAAGAGCAAAUCAAAGAGCUGAUUGAGAAGAACUCCCAGCUGGAGCAGGAAAACACUCUGCUGAAAACACUGGCCAGCCCAGAGCAGCUCGCCCAGUUCCAAGCACAGCUGCAGACUGGUUCUCCACCUUCGUCCCAGACACAAGGGACAACACAACAGCCUGCCCAGCCGGCAUCACAGGGCUCAGGACCUUCAGCAUAGUCUCCAAUGCCCUGGCCUUCGCGGCCAGUAUGCUCUGGACUACCCAGAGAAAAGAGGACAAGUGGAAAUCUGCCACAGCCACCCCCUCAUCCAUUUCAUUGCACGCUG